AUGUCAGUAUUGACAAAUUGGACAUUCAGACAAGCCCCAUAUCAACAACAGCAACUGCAGCUGCUCUUGUAUUCACUGUUUUUACGAGAAGCAUGGUACAAUGCUACACCAGAGCGUCACUCUCAUCAAAUACAUAUUGACUUGAUGUACAAUGAUCUCAUACCCGAUCCAUUUGUGAACGAUAACGAAUUGAAUAUCAGCUGGGUUAGUGAUUUGACGUGGGAGUAUCGCUGUCUAUUCGAUGUGUCAGUUUCACAACGGCAAGCUUACUUAGUGUUUGAUCAAUUGGAUACUGAGGCUGAAGUUGAGUUGAAUAAUGAGGUCAUCGCACAGAGUGACAAUGCGUUUCACAAACAUGUAGUUGCUGUGAAUUUAACUCUUAAGAAUGAUUUGAUCGUGAAGUUGAAGUCGGGAGUUGAGUUGGGUAAAAAGUUGGAGAAUGAGUUUGGUCGAUGUGAGUGUUGGAAUGGUGAUUGUAGUCGAGUUUAUGUUCGCAAACCGCAAUUUCAAUAUGGCUGGGAUUGGGGACCAAAAUUGAUCACGUGUGGGUUUGGCAAAAUUGAAUUGGUUACUGAAAAUUAUGUUGAUGAUUUGUUUAUUAGAUAUAAGUUGAAUGAGGCGUUGGAUCAAGCUCAUUUAUGGUUUGAAGUUGAAAGUAUAUUGUUUACACCAGUGGUUCGAGCUACGAUUGAGAUCAGCCUAGGUGAGGAAGUAAUUGAUGUGAUUGAACUUGACCAAGUAGAUCCUCAAAUGAAUAUCAGCUAUGUUUUGGAAGAUGUCCAAUUAUGGUGGCCUAUCAAGCAUGGAAAACCAAACUUGUACAAUAUCAAAUUAUUUUACAAGGAUAAGCUAAUGAGUUGCAAGUUUAUUGGAUUUAGGAAAAUUGAGCUCGUGACUACACCAGAUGACUAUGGCAGUUCAUUCUAUUUUAAGAUCAAUGACAAACCCAUACAAAUGAUUGGUUCAAAUUGGAUCCCAUCUCAUUCAUUUAUAUCUCAAGUUACAAAACAAGAUUAUCAAGAGUAUGUUGAUUUGAUCAUUGAUUCAAAUCAAAAUAUGAUUAGGGUUUGGGGAGGCGGGCAUUAUGAAUCUGAUGAAUUUUAUCAAUUAUGUGAUUUAUAUGGGAUUAUAAUUUGGCAAGAUUUCAUGUUUGCAUGUGGGAUAUAUCCCUAUGAACCCAUACUACAACUGGUUCAAGAAGAGAUUAAGAAUCAAGUGAAACGAUUACGCAAUUUUGCAAGUAUUGUGUUUUAUGUUGGUAAUAACGAAGAUUAUCAAAUUGCUGAUGCUUUGAAAUUGGACAAGAACAACGUUAGUCAGUUCCCAGCGAAACCAAUCUAUGAAGAUAUCAUCCCAGUGGUGUUGACCACUUUUGCCAAUCAAGUGGCGUAUAGAUUUGGAUCGCCCUAUUCAGACGAUGUUCAUAGCUCAUAUGAUUUGAGAUUUGGAGAUUCACAUCAAUGGGAUGUAUGGCAUGGACGCAGGUUACCUUAUCAAGCAUGGCCUCAAUUAUCAGCUAGAUUUAUCAGUGAGUUUGGUAUGUUGUCGUUGCCUGAGUAUUCGACGUUAAGUAAGUACAUCACCGGUGAAAACCAGUUAUAUCCCGAUCUGAACUUGAUUAAUUUCCAUACCAAACCGAUAAAUAAAGGGAAUCUUGGCUAUUACAUAUGGUCCAAUUUUAACAAACCAGAACUGCUUAAUUUACAAGAUUGGAUAUAUUUAACCCAAUUGAUGCAACUGGAAGCGGUAUCUUUAGCGUUUAGAUAUUGGAGACGUCAAUGGAAUCAAUUUCAAUGUGGUGGUGUAUUAGUAUGGCAAUUGAACGAUUGUUGGCCCAGUGUUUCUUGGUCAGUAGUUGAUUUUGAGAAAGUGCCAAAAUUGAGUUAUUAUGGAAUGAAAAGAGAGUUGAAGGAAGUAAGUGUUGCUGGGUAUAGGGCAGAGGAAGAAGAGGAGGAAGAGGAGAAAGGUGGUGUGUUUGCUGGUCAAACGGUGUUUCAAGAGUCAAGAGUGAAGUUUGAUAUGUGGGGGUUUGGUAAUGUUUGUAAUUUGACUUUGAUUGUUGAAUUUUACAACUCAGAUGGUGACUUUGUCGAUGAGUAUAAGCAAAAUGGAAUCGACUUUGAAGGGAACAAAGUCAAUACUAUCAUGUCAGGUGCAACUUUUGAUCAAUUGAAGAAAAAUACAAUUGUGUAUUUGAAGUUGUCAAAGGACAACAUAAUGGUAGCAAGAUCUUCAGAUUGGCCACAGCCUUUAAAAAAAUUAAAUUGGGAAAAACUAACAUCCAAUUUACAAAUUGAUAUUGAAUACCAAGGGUCAGGUCAGUUCCAAUUGUCUACAAAUAAACCAGUUAAAGCAUUACAAUUGUAUUUUGAGAGUGCUCGCAGAUAUCGGUUUAGUGAUAAUGGAAUUGAUUUAUUUCCUGGUGAUCCACAAGUUAUACAAGUGAUUGAUUUACAAGAAGAGGAAAUUGAUAAGAUAAAGUACCGAUAUUUGAAUUACUAA